AUGGCGAGAUCACAGGAUAAGCUUGAUAAGAUGCAACUCCGGCAAAGCUACCGGAAUUUAUGGCACUCUGAUCUUAUGAGCACCGUCUCGGCCGAUACUCCUUAUUGUUUCUUCUCGUGUUUGUGUGGACCUUGUGUUUCAUACUUACUUCGGAAGAGAGCACUAUACAAUGACAUGUCAAGGUACACUUGUUGUGGUGGUUACAUGCCAUGUAGUGGUAAAUGUGGAGAAAGAAAAUGCCCUCAGUUUUGUCUUGCCACUGAGGUGUGUCUCUGUUUUGGAAACUCUGUAGCAUCUACUCGUUUUAUGCUGCAAGAUGAAUUCAACAUCCAUACAACAAAAUGCGACAAUUGCAUCAUUGGAUUUAUGUUCUGCCUCAACCAAAUCGCUUGCAUUUUCUCUCUUGUCGCUUGCAUUGUUGGAAGUGAUGAACUCUCUGAAGCUUCUCAGCUUCUUUCUUGCUUGGCAGAUAUGGUCUAUUGCACGGUUUGUGCGUGUAUGCAGGUAAACUAAUCAAGUUUUGUUU